GAAUAUGUGUUCACGGAGGUUACGCGACGGCUUCUAUCCGUUCGCCCUGGGUUGCGCGUUCACCGUGAUGGUGGUGUUGCUCACGAGUCCCGACACCACCACGUACGUCGAAUACGUGAUCGACUCUAACGCAACUGUCGAAAAUCGCACGGUCGACGACGGGGGUUCCAAAGACCCUUUAGGGUUCCUAAAGUGCGAAACUGGACCGUCUAGGACGCACGUGGAGCAGCGGGGCGAGUUUUACGUCAUUUAUAAUCUCGUCAAGGCAGAGAAGAGCUUCGGGUGCCUCGAGAGUAUCACCCUGUCCGCCCCUGGCGAUUUCAGAUUUUUGGACAACGUCGUUCCCCUGGUGGACAGGUGGCGCGGGCCCAUAAGCGUGGCGCUUUAUGCGCCCGGGGACGAUUACUUUACCACACUCGACUCGAUUUCCUACCUCAGGAACUGCGAAACUGCUUUAAUUAAGGAAUACGUCACAUUCCACGUGUUCUUCGACACCAAAUAUGUCCCAAAAUCGCGACACAACGGCACCUCCCUGCUCACCGCUUACGCCGACGCGAUCAACUGCUCGAGCCCCCCGCCGUGGCUCACCAAGAACGACGAGGACAUGUUCAAGGUUCAGAACUCGCUGCUGUACCCCAUAAACGUGGCCAGAAACGUCGCAAAACUCGCAGCCACCACGUACUUCAUUUUCCCGUCCGACAUCGAGCUCUACCCGACCCGCGACUUCAUCCCGUUGUUCUUGGAGUUUGCCCGCGGUCACCCGCAGCUCCUCGCGGAAGAUCAGAAGAACGUGUUCGUCCUGCCGAUUUUCGAGGUGCUGGAAAACCAGACGGUGCCGGAGAACAAGACGCAGCUGCAGGCGAUGCUCAAGAAAAAAACCGCCAUCCUGUUCCAUCAGACGGUUUGCGCGGUGUGCCACAGGGUGGUCAACGGCGAACGAUGGGUCAGAGCAAAGGAGACCAGAGGGCUGGGCGUGUUCACCACGGGCAAACGAACCGGCAGGUACAUCGUGUGGGAACCGUUUUACGUGUGCACCCAGAAGGAACCAUUGUGGGACGAGCGGCUGACGUGGGAAGGACAGGGCAACAAAAUGGUACAGGCGUACACGCUGUGCCUGAUGGAUUACAAUUUUAACGUGUUGGACAACGCGUUCCUGAUUCACAAGCCAGGCGUCAAGAAGAAAAAGGUGCAAAUCGUCAAAUUCAAGCAGCUCGUCAAGCAAUCGAACCGGUUGCUGAGGCAGAUUGGGGUCGAGUUGCAAACGGUGUACGGCAACAGCAGCUCGGGCUGCAGAACCAACUGGGUCAAAGUGGAAUAAGAACGGUAAAAGUUUCGUCAAGUGAACGCGGUACAGACACUACGGGAGGUUGUACUUCCCCUGCUCGGCAGGUCGUUUAACCAAAAGACGACCUAGUUUUAUUUCUAAGUUGGAGGACUAGGUUAGCGUACUCAAACCUUAGUCGUUCGACUUUAUCGAACUCUUUUUAGAGGAAACUCCGCGUUCUAAGGGGGACGCGCCGUUUUACAAAUGUUUUCAAAGAAAUUUCCAGGGCAAAACGCGAUAUUUAGUGUCCAAUUUCGUCUAUCCUGUACAGGUAUCUCAAUAAGUACUACACUGAAGAAAAAAAGUUAAAUACAAAAAGUGUUUGACCCUAAGUAUAUAUUUAUAGAAUUUUUAUUUGGUGCCAGGGCAGUAACCAUAAUAAUAAUAUAUAAUUAUUCAGGUAAUUUUAACAAGUCGUAACUGAAGGAUCUCUCAAAUAUACCAGAUCGGUGACGAGGAAUUAUGACCCCUUUAAAUCUUAGAUGAAGUUAUUCACGUCUGUUCUGAAAGUUAUUUUUUCGGAGAGGUAUUCGGGAUUUUUUGUCUUAAUUAUUUUGAAAUAAAGACAACGGCGAUGGAUCAGGAGCUGCGUCUUCAUAUUCAUCCAACCCGCUUCCUUGAAUCUUCAUCACAGUGAUUAAACAAGGAGAGAUCAAGAGCAUAAAGCUGUUUUAAGAUUUCGAGUUAGAAUAUGCCUUGAGCUAUACAACCCUUUUAAACGGCCAAUAGCCAAAGCAAAGUUUUGUAUCUGGCCUCGUUGUAUUUUUGUAACGGAUUUCUAUGAAUAUAUUUAAAUUUUCUAAUCACUGGCUUGAUUUUGAGUAUUUUUUGUCAUUACGUGGCGUACGAAAUUUUUAUUGGUCAAAUGUCAUGUAAAAAUAUAUAAUUUCGUGAAAAUCUGAACUUUUAGUUCUUAUUCAUUUUGAAAAAAAGUCCAGAUGCGUCAAGUCAAGGCUCCUCGCUGGCGGACCCAAUCGAAAAUGUAAAGCGUUGAUUUAAACUAAGUAGUGCUGAAAAAAAAUAGAAAUACAUUGUUGAAAAUGUCCAAGCAACAAUUUUAUUAGUUGUUUUUUUUUUCAUGGACUACCGUGGUUAGAAUAAGUUUUGGAAUUAGUAAUAAGUUCUAAUUACCUGCAUUACUUGUUGAUUUUAUAUUGAAUUUAAUUAAUCAAUUACUAAAAAAAAACUUAGAUACAAUAGGAUAUUAUAUAGGUGAUCGUUAGAUUUAAAAUAAAAUACACCCACACCCAAUACAAGUGCUAAAUACCGGGUUCUUUCAAAUAAGAAAAAAGAAAUUGUUUGAUGCUCGUUGGCCAUAAAAAUAGUCAAUUUUGAGUUUGUAAGCGUACAAAAACACAUUUUUCCGAAACAAAAAAAAUUGAAAAGUUCGUUUUUCUCUAAAACUACUCGUAAUUUUGUAUGCUAUGUACUAACUAAAAAUACUCAAAAUGAAGCGAAUAAUUAAAAAAGAUAAAUUUGGUUACUGUCCUGACACAACAGAAUACCCUGUAUACAUAAAAAUACUAUAAAUAAAAUAUAUACUUAGGGUUGAACACUUUUUCUAUUUAACUUUUUUUUCUCAGUAUCGUACUUAUUGAAAUAAGAUAAAGCCCUUUUUGUACGACGGGGGGCAGCGGCGCAGACGAAUUCUUUUAUUACACUAGUUAACUUCGAUACGACCACAAUGUAAAAAAUAAGAUAAAUAAUCGCCAUCCGAGACGCAAGAUUUUAUAGAAAAAUAUGGGCAACGUUGUUCCCGUAGUAAGUUAAACCAUUUUUUUUCUCCGACUUAAAUGAAAUUGUAAACACUUUUAACCAUUAUAUCUUUUCGGAAGCUUUUUUAAAAAGUUCAGAAACUGUUUCAAGACGAUAUUAAUAAAAUAGCUCUGAAGGUACUAGUUAGUUAAGCAGUAUCCCGGAAAGUGAUGGCGUCGGGGGACUGAGUGUUUCUGAACGUGUCGGAAAUCCUACCGACUGCGCCAGUUAACUUAUUCGAUAGGACAACACCGUUUUUAAAAAUAUAUUUUUUUUAUUAAAAAAUGAACAUAGUUUGUACUCUAUGGCCGACAAAUAUCUUACUACAAUGAAUGGACAACGUCAGCGAAUCCUAGGCUUACGUGAUGACAUCGAGGUGACAGACUUCGACCGUCAAGAGAUAUCAGGGUUAACAAACAUUCAACGUUCUCGUGGCCAGAGAAUAUGGUUUGUUAUCAUCUUCUAAUUUGCCAUUGCCAAAAAUUUUGAGUCGCUUCUCUGUCAUUAUUAUCGUCGGUAGUUGCGCCCGCAAUGUUCCAAGAAACGGAUAUCUUUUUUAUUGUGCUAUAAUCCAGGUGAUAACAGAGCAUUAUUUCGAAACCGAAAACGUAUCCUUUAUUUAUUCUAGUGACGUUAAGAUUUUGUAUAUAGGUAGACGUCGAAAAUAUAUUUAUUUUGAAAG